GAGCUCAGCUCCUCCUACACCUUCCUGUACAUAUACCUCUGCACAACGCCUGUACAUCAGGAAACAGCAUAUUCAAAAACACGCACAGACGAGAAAGAAAAGGAAUAAUCUCCACAGGAACCUUGUCAGAUUUUUUUUUUUACUUUUCACAAAAGAAUGGGAUCAGCUGGAAUUCAGAUGGGAUGCAUGGUCCUCGGAAUCCUUGGCUUAAUUGGGAUCAUUGUCUGCUGCGCCGUCCCCAGCUGGAGAGUGUCAUCCUUUAUAGGAUCCAAUAUUGUGACAGCACAGAGUAGUCAGGAGGGCCUGUGGACCACCUGUGUGGUGCAGAGUACUGGCCAGCAGCAGUGCAAGAACUUUGACUCCCUGUUGGAACUGGGUGCAGAGCGGCAGGCUGCCCGAGCCCUGACCGUCAUCAGCGGCAUGGCCUGCUGCCUCAGCCUGCUCAUUCUUUUCUGCGGGGCUGACUUUACCACCUGCGUGGAGAAUGAAGACAUCAAGCCGAAGAUCAGCCUGGUAGCCGGGAUCGGCAUGCUGCUGGCUGGCAUCCUGGUGAUCAUCCCCGUCAGCUGGUUUGCACACAAUACUGUGAGGGACUUCUACAACCCCAUGUUGACUAAUUCUUCGAGGAUGGAGCUGGGGACGUGCAUCUUUGUGGGCUGGGCGGCAGGCGUGCUGCUCCUUAUAGCCGGAGGUCUGUUGUGCUGCUUCAGCAGGGCCAAACAAAGCAGCUCAGGAGGAACCGCAAAGUACUACAGCAACAGUGCCUCAGCCCCUAACAAAAACUAUGUGUAGCCGUGUUUUUAAAGGGACUGGUGUUUGAGAGAAAGGAGGGAGUGGUAAUCUAGUUGGACUGGGGAGCAGUAAUAUAAAUGACACCAGCAGAAAACCAAAUAUUGAAUGCUCAUACUCCAGCUUGAACUUCCAUACUCACAGAGCUGCUGGUGAUGGUUUAAUUUAUAGGUAAAGCAUAAGCUAUGAAAGCGCAACUUUUUUUAAAGUUAACAAUUUUGGCUUUAUAUUCUCUUAAUUUUUCUUGAAAUAUUUUAUAUUAUAUAUAUAUUUGAAAAUUAUAUAGAAGUAUAAAAUGUGUUUAACUUGUUUUAUACAUGAGCAAUCAAACUCUCUCGCCUUCUCUUUCUUUUUUGAUAUUUUUAUUAUCUGCUUCUAAAAAAAACUUCUAACCAAACGCACCUCAGUAAACCUCAGGGAACAUCUGGUGCACUUGUUUUUCUCUGGUUUUGUUCUCAAGCGUCCACUUUAUAUUUCACAUAUAAUCAUAAAAUGUGUUUGUACUCAUUUUAUUUUGUGUCUCAUUUUGUAUGAGAAUUAAUAUAAAUGCUUAAAACUGGG